AGGUCACCCAUGAAAGAUAACUCCCGUGGUAGGGGCUAAGUUAAUUUGGGUAAACUAACAGAAACAUGAAAAAUGAAAAAUGAAAAAUGAAACAUGAAAGAUGAAAGAAGAAAGAUGAAGUAGGUGGAUUUUGACGAGAGAACAAAACGAAACCGAGAUAGACGAAGAGAUUCCCCAGUGGAAUCCAACGCGGUUGCCGGGUUGGGUUUAUUUCCUUUCUUCGUUUCUCUGCUCUUGUGCGUGCGCGGGUACAUCACUUCCCUCUCUGCAAGCCAAGAAUAUAUACUCAUUCCUCUCUUUCUCUCUCCGUUACCUAUUUCUUCCUUUGCUUCUCUUUCGCUCCGCUCCAAGAUCUACACCAUAUUCCAGUGGUGGGUAAAUGCAACUGCUGGUGAAAAUUGGUAGUUCAUUUGUGGAGUGAUACCUCUGGAACUUGGGAAACUGUGGUAAUGGAUCUCGAUGGGGGGAGUUCAUCAUCAGUUAGCACAGGAGUGCCGGCAAUUUCAGGACGCCCAACACGACAUGGUGUAUGCUAUCAGUUUAAACAGCAGAACCUUCCAGCAUGUAAACCUGUCCUUACUCCUGCAGUAGUCAUUGCUACAUUUCUAUUGAUGGGUUUCAUUUUCAUUCCUGUUGGACUUGUUACACUUAAUGCCUCAAAUAGUGUUGUUGAAAUUGUGGAUAGGUAUGACAUUGAUUGUGUACCUGAAGAAUUUAGAAGCAACAAGGUUGCAUAUAUCAAAGAUGACUCAAUCUCCAAAAACUGUUCGCGAUUCUUGAAGGUAAUCAAGCCCAUGAGAGCACCGAUUUAUAUCUAUUAUCAGCUUGAUAACUAUUACCAGAACCACCGACGAUAUGUCAAAAGUAGAAGUGACCGUCAGCUCUUACAUGGACUUGGAUACAACAGUACCAGUUCUUGUAAACCUUUAGAGUCCUCCCAUGGUCUUCCAAUUGUACCUUGUGGGUUGAUAGCUUGGAGUUUGUUCAAUGAUACAUACAAGUUUAGUCGCGGGCCAUCUGAUUUGAAGGUCAAUAGGAAAAACAUUGCGUGGAAGAGUGAUCGCAAUCAGAAAUUUGGAAAGCAUGUUUACCCAUUUAAUUUUCAGAAUGGUACCUUGAUUGGGGGUGGAAAGCUAGAUCCAAGUAUUCCUCUAAGUGAUCAAGAAGAUCUAAUAGUUUGGAUGCGGACUGCUGCUCUCCCCAGCUUCCGGAAGUUAUAUGGUAGAAUUGAAGAGGAUUUGGAUGAAGAUGAUGUUAUAGUUGUCCACCUAAAGAAUAACUAUAACACUUACAGUUUUGGUGGAAAGAAGAAGCUUGUUCUGUCAACAUCAAGCUGGUUGGGUGGAAAAAAUCACUUCCUUGGAGUUGCCAAUUUAUUUGUUGGUGCCUUUUGUAUAUUAAUCUCCAUCAUCUUCUUGUUGCUUCAUGUGAAAAAUCCUAGACCUUACGGAGACAUGGCCUACUCAUCUUGGAAUAGGAAAAACAUUGCUAGCUGAUAAGAGGGUACGGGUUACACCGGUAAUACUUUUUCUUAAAGUGACUCAAUACAUAUUAAUGUUAUAA